AUGCGUCAAAAACGCAGCGAAGCGAGCUCGUUGAUGGGGCAGUACCUUCUGAAAGGCUACUGUAUGCUGAACAAAUACUGUGCGGAUUGUCAAACUAUCCUACUUAGAGACAAGAACAAUCAGGAAAUCUGCGUUAAUUGUCAUGUAAUUGAAGAUAAGCCAUUAAAACAGGAAGAAAAGAAGCAGAAACUUACUACGGAAACUAACCUAUCCGAUAGCAAAAACGUAGAUACUACUAGAAAUGAGCUAUAUCAACAUGCAGAAAAAAAGAGUGAAGAAAGUGUAGAAUUGUCAAAAACAAUUCAGAAUCCGGCAAGAGAUGAAGGCCACAAUGGCCUUUCGACAAGUACUCUGCAAUCAUCUGUGAAACAUGCUAGCAAUACUCCUAUGCCCCAUCAGCAAAGUGCUAUACAGUUUACUAUAGAAUCACUACAUCAGCAACUUCAAUGGGCAAGCGAGAUGUUACCACAAUUGAGUUCCAUCGAUGGGCGAAUUCAAAUGUGUAAUUUAAUAAAAAUAACUUCUGAAGCGUUGAGAGAAGUGCGGUCGUUAGCUGAUCCAAGUUAA